CCAGCGCAUUCUUCACCAAACCGGAAUAACAGAGUGCUGACAGGACGAACCACAACCACAGAGACAGUAACAGACAGGGGGUUUACUGCCACUCUACCCAUCAAUUAGUCCCGAAAAACUCGACGUCUUUCGGUUUCUCUACCGUGUCGUGUUUGCGGACUAAACGGAGACUUUAAGAGGGGCGGAAGGCUAGAGUACCAGGCAUCCGGUUAGACGCGCUGGCUCUCCGGGCUGGAGUCCAACUUGAGCCGGACACUUUCAGCUGUCCACGUCGUGAUGCGCACUGGACUACUUUUUUUUAACAAAAAUAACCGUUUUUUUUAAGACUGUGUGUUACAUACGAAAAGCUGGUAACUCUUAGACUUGAGUAGGAUUGUUUUUUGUUAUAAUUGUCAAAUAUAAGUAAGCUGGAACAGUAAUUUAGACUCGGAUGUGAUUUAUCUACUCAGCUGGCUGGGCAGAUAGUUUGUUUACGGAUCACAUCAGUCAACUAAAAGAUAGGCUGCAUAAUUUGAUCAGCAGUUUCGUUUUGUUGUUACGAGUGUAGAUACAUUUUUGAGUCUAGCCAGCUUUUCUGCGAUCAGAAUUGUUGUUUUUUUUUUGUUUUGUUUUGUGCCAAGUCUGAUAGGGUUUGGUUUGUACGCCUAUGCAUAUUCUUGCUAGCAAACCUGCCUGAGUUUUGGACUGGUUAGAUCUUAGUGCCAGUGUGCUAUUAGUUUAUAAAAGGAGGAAACACCGCAGAACAUAUUUGUUCAUCUGAUCUCAAGCCAGUCUGCUGUGGCUUCAUAUAUCUGGCUUGUUUUCUAUUGAUAGGUCUGUAUUGGUGAGGCUCAAGCUGGCUGACAGGUGAUAUUUUCUCUCUGAAUCCUCUGAACUGCGCUGACUGAUAGCUAUGACAUUUUGCAACAGUUGUUUUGUGUCUUCAGACUUCAAUAUUUUCAGUUCCUACACUUGGUGCCAAUGCUGUAUCAGUAAUAUUAGCUAACAUAAGCUCAGCUUACACCAAAAAUUAGAUACAACAUAUCAGUUGAGACAGAAUUUUUACUAGUUAAGGUAAUUUUUCCUUUCUUUCUUCUACAAGUAUAUGAAUUAGUGCCAAUUGACUUGGUAGCUGGUUCAAAACUUCUCAAACUCUGAGAAAUAAGUCAUAUUACAGUUUGUAUCAAGUCAGUUCAUUAACCUGAUUAAGGCAAGUGUAUUUUUUGUAAAAUCAUCAGCUCAUAUACGAGGUCCUGGAAAUACACACAUUGGCUGCAAGACCAGGUCAAGUUUAGUGGCAGUUAGCACAUUUUUUCUCACAACUGACUAAAGAUGUCAGGACAGUCUAUCACGGAUCGCAUAGCGGCGGCCCAGCACAGUAUGACUGGAUCAGCCAUCAGCAAAGCCGUCUGCAAGGCCACGACGCAUGAAGUCAGUGGACCCAAAAAGAAACACCUUGAUUAUUUGAUCCACUGCACCAAUGAGAUGAAUGUGAAUGUGCCCCAGCUGGCAGACACUCUGUUUGAGAGAACCACCAACAGCAGCUGGGUCGUGGUCUUCAAAGCUCUCAUCACAACACAUCAUCUAAUGAUGUAUGGAAAUGAGCGUUUCAUUCAGUAUCUGGCCUCAAGAAACACCCUCUUCAAUUUAAACAAUUUCCUUGAUAAAGGUGCAUUGCAAGGCUAUGAUAUGUCCACAUUCAUCAGACGGUACAGCAGAUAUCUGAAUGAGAAAGCCCUUUCCUAUAGAUUAGUGGCCGUGGACUUCACCAAGAUGAAGAGAGGUAUUGAUGGUGUCAUGCGCACCAUGAACACAGAGAAGCUAAUCAAAACGCUGCCUAUCAUUCAAAACCAGCUGGAUGCACUGCUGGACUUCCAGGCCAAUCCUAACGAGCUGACUAACGGUGUGAUCAACACUGCCUUCAUGCUGCUCUUCAAAGACUCUAUCCGUCUGUUUGCUGCCUAUAAUGAGGGUGUUAUCAACCUGCUCGAAAAAUAUUUUGAUAUGAAGAAAAACCAGUGUAAAGAUGCUUUGGACAUCUACAAGAAGUUUCUGUACAGGAUGACGAAGCUGUCAGAGUUCCUCAAAGUGGCUGAGCAAGUUGGGAUUGAUCAGGGUGACAUCCCAGAUCUCACUCAGGCUCCCAGCAGUCUCCUAGAGGCUCUCGAGCAGCACCUGGCCUCUCUGGAGGGAAAGAAGACCAAGGAGCUCUCUGCCGACAGCAGAGCUAAUACUCUGUCCAAUGCUGUGUCAUCCUUGUCCAACACUGGGAUGUCCUUCAGCAGGAUGGAUGAGAAGGAGAAACAACAGGCCCUAGAGGAGGAGCAAGCUCGUCUGCAGGCUCUCAAGGACCAGCGUCUGAAGGAGAUUGGCAUACAGACCCCCUCUGCUUCGCCCAGCACACAGUCUAUGGGCAGUGCCAACAACCAUACCGUGGGCAUGGACCUAUUCACCAACACCACGAGCUUACCCUCCAAUCACAGCAUGCCAAACCUUACCAGUGACCUGUUUGACCUCCAGCCUGCCUUCGUCCCUGCUGUGCAGAGCACUCCUAUCUCCACCACUGGCAGUGCCUGGAGAGGUCUAGAGAGCAGCACUCUUCACCCCAUGGCUUCCAUGCCCACCAUGAAUGUAGAUUUUGAUGCUGUUUUUGGGACUAAAGCUUCCAAUAGUGACGAGAAGCCUUCAGCUGGUUAUGAUGCAGCAGGAGACUUGUUGAAGCCCACGAUGACGGUUCACAGUCAGGCUCCUAUAAUGCCACCUCAUACAGGCAGUAAAUUGCUGGCUAAUGACCUCGACUCCUCUCUGGCCAACCUCGUAGGCAACCUGCAGUUUGGGGGAACACUGGGCAAAAAAUCUGAUAUGCAGUGGACUCAACCUGGAGAGAAGAAGUUAACCGGUGGCACCAACUGGCAGUCAAAGACCAUGAGCAGCACCACUGCCUGGAGCCCCAACCCCCUGCCACCUGCUGCCAUGCCACCUGCCGCCAUGCCCGUGCCACACAUGCAGGCUCCUGCUCCCAUGGCAUUUCCCAUAACACCUCAAGUGCCUGUGUAUGGAAUGGUUCCUCCUCAGCUGGGACAGAUGGGGGGCAUCCCAGUAAUGACCCAGCAGCCCAUGUUGUACAACCAGCCUGUUCUCAGACCCACUAACCCAUUCACCCCCAUCCCAGGAGCCCAGGUGAUCUUUACCAAUCCACUGAUGUGAUGCUGUUUUUUGAGAUUUCUAACUGUCUGUGUGCAGAUGCAGUUCAUGUAGUACUUCAGCAGAUCGCCAAACAAGACAGCUCAAAGGAACACAGAGCCAGUGAGAGGAGGAUCCAACUACCACCAAAUAAAAGGAGGGAGAGACAGAGUGCAUAUGAAUAGGAAUGUGUUUGUUUCAAGAAUGCUUACCUCAUUGUCUGAAAUGGCUCACCCAACACACACAUAUACACGUACACCAAACGAGAGUGUUUCAUUUUUCAUCUCUGGAGGUUCAUUUCUUUCCUCGGGUACUGUAUCUUCUGACAGGUGAUUUAUAAUUGGAAUCGUGGCUUUUAUUGCUGGUAUUACCAUUCAUAAAGAACUCUCUUUUUCUUGACAAUUAGUAUGAAUUAGAUAUGAAGCUCAGCACAGUGGACUUCAUUUUAUUAUCACAUUUUACUCUUUGUUUCUAAGAUACCUGUGCUGUUUUAAUGACAAAGAUGGAUAUUUCACCAUAGAAAAUGCCCUUAACCUGCACAGGCCAAAACGGUAUGUGUAGAUUUUUAGAUCAUAUAUGUUUCAUAUGUUUAAAUGGCUCAUUUACGCAAUGUCCAGCACAAGGAAAGAAUUUGUUACACCUUAUAUAAGGUGCUCCGCAUCCCCAAGCACUUUUCACAUGCAUUUUUGUGUUAAAUAGAAAUAAAACAUUGAGCUGGUCUCUGAUAUCUAGAACAUUAAUAGUAAAACGUUAUGUCUCGCUGUUACUGAUGGCUUUUGUUGUAAAUGGUCAAUCAAUCCUUUUGUGUUUAUACUGGGUUGGGAGUUGCUGUUUCAGACAUGGUGGUCUUGCACUCACACAAACACACACGCACACACACUUUACCGUAGCUUCAGACUGGAUGUGUUACGAACAUGAAGAGCCCCCUCUCACUCGUCUCUCACCUUGUUUUGUCACUCCCAGGACACUGAUAAACAUAUCUGCUCCUGUUCUGCUGAGUGUUAACCAAACUUGUCAUGUAUUUACAACUACAAUUCUCACUUUGAGGUCACUCCCACCUCUACCACCCAGAGAGACUGGGAGAGAGUAAAAGAAGCAUUGGAGGAAGGUACAGGGCAGGGGUCGGCAACCUUUUUGCCAAUUCUAAUUUUCCUUGUUAAUCACUGUGCUAAACACCCCCCAUGUAUAUCAUAUAUCUGGACUAAAUGUAUAACAAUGUGUGUUUCAAAAGUCCAAUUGUGAAAAUGCUUCUGUUUUGCAUUUUUCUAAUUUUUUAAAUUCUAAUUCUAUUUUCAUUAUAAAUUAUAUUGUCAGCAUAACAGUUUGAGUGAAACAUUUAAUUGAACACGACAUAAAUUCCAGAGUUUCUUAAUUUGACAUGUCCACCUUCAGCUUUAUGACUUGCACUUGCAUACACUUGGAGCUUACAUGAAUAAAACCUGAUGAUCAUGUUAUUCAGAAUUAAUUGAGAGUAUUCCAACAAUCAUCUUGUGUGCUUCUGUGGAAGCAAGAAAACAUUGUUUUCUUAUUUACAUCAUGUGUUGCAAAAAGGAACAAAUAGAACAAGAAAAUACAGGCUGUCAUUUGUUCUAAGCGAAUCAAAGCAGACGCGUUUACUUUCACGACUCAACGAAAAUAAAGCGCUGCGAUGCCAGCGGCUUGUGAAGAGCAAAUGGUUUGCACGUGCUGCGUUCUUCUGUUAUUGACUAGGCCAGUUUAGUCUAAUAGUGUUUAGUUUCCCAUUCAGCUCAUAACUAAAAAAACAUGCUGCGGAAUUUUGAUGAAAGAUUACAACAAGCAGUAGAAUGCGAGGGACUUCAUAUAAAUAAAAUGCAUACUUUUCUCUUUUGCUGUUUAUCGGCACGCGUGCCCUUGGUUGCCGACCCCUGGUACAGGGCAUCUGAUCCCUAUUGAAUAAAUGCUUUCUAUUAGUUAGGGUUUUGUUUAUUUGCUUUGUUUUGUUAAUCAUAUUUUUUCUGUAAGCAUGUUACUUUUAAAAUUUAUAGAUUGGUAUGAGAAUCAUGGGCUGUUUUAUAUUGCCAAAAUAUGUAGCCUGCAUAAAUGAUUGAAUUGUUGAAAUGCCACAAGCUAGCCAGUGUACCAAGCCCCUGAAAUCACAGUACUGCAUUUAGUUUUCUAUUUCUUUUUUUUUUUUCUCAGAGGAAUGCACUUAUCGGUGUUUGAUAACAUUUGAUCCAAAAUCAAUAGUUUAAAAUUAGUUUUGUGUAGCUCCUUAAAGGUUAACAGGGUGUCUUUAUUUUGCUUCUGCAGCCAAAGCAUUUUCUGUCCUCCUGAAAUCCCUUUAACCCUUUAUAAAGCAGGUGUGCACUCCAGCCUUCACAUCAUCUUCUAAUUCCCAGUACUUCCAUAAAAUGUUCAGUGAUAUUGUUUAGGAUCUAUUCUGCAUGGAUUGAACAGAGGUGUGGCCACUGGAUGUGUGGUGUUACAUCAGGUUUAUCUGGUGUCGUUAAAAAGUCUCUUUCUUUACUCCACCAUUUCCCUCAGGAAAGAGCCGGCCAAGUAGAGAAGAGUGUGCAGUAUGCCAAAUGAUAAAGCCCACUGUAGCGCCGUUGUCUGUUUCUCCAUUUAUAAAAUGCACUAUUCAAUUCUUAUCUCAUCAAUCAUGUGCGAGAGCAGUCUUAAAGGAAUGUUUCGGGUUCAAUACAAGUUAAAGGUGCUGUAAGCAAUUUAUUUUAUUAUUAUUAUUAUUUUUAUUUUUUUAUGGAAUGGUAUGUAGAAAAUGUUCCUUAUUCUUGAAGGAUAUCACUGAAAUAAGUGUCCUGAGAUAUCUCACCGGUGUGUGUGACAGCACUAGACUGUUUAAACAGCAAACAAAAAUGUGACUGCGGGCUGUGGACACAUUCUUUGAUCAGCCAAUCAGAAAACUUUGACGUGCUUUCUGCCUGUCGAUCAUUUUGCGCGUUCCCAUAGUAUUGUAGUUGAAGCGGAACAUUAAGGUUGAAUUUCAGAUUCAUAACUGUUGUCAGCUGAGGAUGCUGUUUUUGCUGCUGUUGUGUUUGACAACACUUAGAAGACGCACUGAUCUACUGUUCAGUCUCAACACUGUCUUUGGAGGGUGGUGUUUUGGAAAGGGGUUGUUUAAUUCAGUGGCUCAGUAUUGUAGUUCCAAAUAGCUAAAAUAGCUUACAGCAACUUUUAGCUCAGUCAACAACAUUCGUUGCAUAGUGUUGAUUUACCACAAAAAUAAUUUAAGCCCACCCCUUGUUUAUUUGAAAAAAAAAAUAAAAUAAAACAAUUGCGGUUGCAGGACGGAACUUACAAUGGAAGUGAAUGGGGCCAGUCUAUAAACGAUAAAAUGCUUAAAGGCGUGCAUUCAUCGUGGCAUUGUUUUGACAACCUUAUGCAAUGUCACAUUUAUUUCUGUCCAGAGUUGUUUUUUUGCCGAGAUCUUGUAUUGACGACAGGAGAGUAGAACCACUCAAAGUCUUUUCCAGCACAUCCCAAAGACUUUCAAUGGGUUUAAGGUCAGGACUCUGUGGCAGCUAAUUCAUAUGUGAAAAUGAUUCCUCAUGCUCCCUGAACCACUCUAUCACAAUUUGAUCCCAAUUUGUCUUGGCAUUGUCAUCCUGGAAUAUGCCCAUGCCAUCAGGGAAGAAAAAAAUCUUUUGAUGGAUUCACCACUAUCCAUCCAGAUUUUAAUAAUGCUUUGGACAGUUCUUAACACAGUUCCGGUGAUUUCAGCAAUCUUCUUAGUUGUUUUCUUUGCUUGAUAUAGGACAAUAAUUUGCCACUUCUGAAAUACAGUAACAUAUAUUUUCAACGACCACGGGAUACAUCUUCCGACAUGGUUGUUUAAGAAAUGAGAAGCUACAAACUGCAUCAGUUAGGGUUUUAAGAAUUGUUGCCAGCUGAAACAUAUUAAUCACUGCAAUAAUGAUACAAUAAUAGGCUCAUUUAAAUCCAAAUGGCAACUAUUUUGGCCAGGCAGUGUACAUGUUAACAUGAUUUUACUGUGAAAAUAAAUCACUUGCACACCUUAUCUGUGUAAAGUUGUAUCAAAUACCUGGAUUACAAGGUUUUGUUGUCAUUACAUCAAAGUUGAAUUUUAAAUAUUGGAUAAAACUUUACAUAGAUAAGGUUAGCAACUUUAUUAAAAUAAAAUGUUAGCGCGUAUAAUGUUUACUUGUGUCUACACUUUUGAGGCAAAGUUUAUUUUAUCAUUUAUAGACUGGCCCCAUUAACUUCCAUUGUAACUGUAAUUUAUUAUUAUUUUUAAACUAAUGAGGGGUGUUUAAAAUAUUUUUUGUGGUAAUUAACAUUGUCACAAAUGCUGUUGAUUGAGCUUAUAUUGAACCCAGAAAAUUCUUCAAAAAUAAUCUGAUUCAUCAAGAUUAACAAUUAACCAACCAUGGUCAGCAUUAACCAAAAAAAAAAAAAGAUGUUUAAAUGGGCAGAAUGAGAGUGACAGAGUGACCUCCUGCCCUCACUUUAUCAGAAACAGUGUUUAUUUCUCUCUCUGUUGUUGAUUAGUUAUUGAGCGACCUUUAACAAGCUUUUACAUUUAUUCUACUUUGAGCGCCGUCAGUGGUCCAAGAGACUCGGAUUGAAUGAAUUGUUUUUAUGCAGGCUUAGUGUUGAUGUACUCAUUGGGUUUACAAGGUAAAAGGGCGCUGGAGAGAGGUGUUGGUUAAUUAGGAUCUAUUCUAUUAUCCCAUCACCGGAGGGCUCGCUUGUGUACAUGAGCACGAGAGAGUGAAAGUCUGAUUGUGUGCAUCAGUGAGAGUGAAAGGGUGCUAUCAUGAGCCUGGGUUUCCAUGGUAAUCUUCCGUUUCAAUUCUUUGUGGCACAGGUUGAUGAGCACAGCUUUUUUUUGUUUCUUUUUGAAGCCAUAUUAAAACCUUCCCUUAGUGUAGACUGUCUCUUAAAAUGUAUUUUAAGCGUGGUUUCUUUGGCAACCACAGAGGUGUAGCAAUUCUUGGAUUACCUGUAGUCUUGUUGACUUGUUUCAUUGGCAAUGGGUCUUUUAACCAAAGGUUACUUAAGCCUUUUUUCUUGGUUUUACUGUGCUGUAAGGAAUAAGCUGUCAACUGCUCCCUCUCGUGGUCUUUGUUUGCUUAACAAUUGAAGUGACUUGAAGUGUGUCCCCUUUAUGUAGACAGCUGUUGGGAUCUGACCCAAGUCUUUGUUUGACUGGUGUUUAUGGGGCAGUUGUGCACACAAAGCAAAUUACUAACUUUAUCAGACUGUUUUAGAGCAGUUAGCCAUACUGAAGAAAAGCCAACAAACUUCUAGACUAUUUAGCCUGACUUUAAACAUCUAGGUUCUACCCAUUUAUUGGUCUGGAAUUCUCCACUCUACAUUGGCUUCUCAGAAUGGGUGUAUCAGCAUGUACAGCCAUCCUGGACCUCUAGUGGAGAAGGGAUGUUUGGUGUAAUAAGUUGGUGUUCAGGGUCCUUUUCAUUUCCACGCUGACUCUGGGAGCCGUCUGGCUUCUCUGACAAGAUGUGCAUGCUUUUGUUGGCUAUUUGUCAGCUCCGUCAUGUGUUCCGUGGGUGUUGCUGCACAUAAGUUCUUAUUUUAAUAUUAUUGUCCUUUUUUCUGUUCAAGCAUUUUAAUUUUGAAAUAUGUAUUCAAUACAAGCAUAUUCAUCCCCAAAGGAGGAAGGCUGCAUUUUUUUUUCAUUCGUCACCAAAUGCCAAAAAAGGAUAACACAAACCUCUGUUUAUGCUGAUUUCCCCACUGUACAAUUGUUUUAUUUAUUUAUGCAGACCAUAAGGAUUCUAUUCAGCAUUGGUGAAAAUGCAUAAAUCAUGGGAUUGUUUCAUUUUGUCUUCAUUUUUGUCUUGCUUUCAUUGACAUAAAUAAAGUCAUUUUUCAUUCCUAAGUUGUUGGUUAUGUGAAUUUAGUUUUAUUGUCUGCCAUAUGUGACAUUUGAUUCAUCUCACCUGUUUGACGCCACAGUAAAUCAUAAGCAAGAAGGUCGUUGUUUUAUAUGGUAGUUCAUUUUGGCUGUUUGGAUGGCUUUUUGUUUAUUUCUCUUGCCUCUUGAAAUUGCACUUCAUGCCUGCUCACGGCCCAUUAUGCAGGGUUUUUUUUAUGAAUGCACGUUUAAAAUACCUGGUCAAAUUUGUGCAGUGCUGUGUUGUAUUUCCAUGUCUUUCAAUGUGAGUUGAAUCUAUUGCACGGGUUCACUGCAACAGGAAUCUACCUGAUUAUUACUUUGUAGCAUUUUUUGAGAUGGUGGACUCAACCAGGAACAAUCAGCCAAUGUUUCUUUGUGUAUCAUCUGUUAUUAGACCUUGUGAAAUCAAAACAAACAGGAACUGUAGCUGGUUGUAAUGUACGGAAAGAGACACUGUGCGAAAACACGUUGCACUUUGUGGGCCUUUUUCCCCACUUUGUAGCAAGUCGCACCAAGUCAAACUGUGAUUUGGCUGUGCCUUCCAUACAUGAUGAAAUGGUCCUCAUGGUCUCUAGAGACCUGUAUGGUCACAUAAAUAUAAAAAUUUUAACACUUAGAAAUGUUUUGGAUAGACAUGAAAGUGUUUCAUGGACUAUUUAAAAGAAAAUAUGUGGCCAGACUGAUUUCAACCUGAUUUCAUUAGUUACCAAGUAACUAAAUCCAAUGUACAAAUUAUUUAUCCCUCGGCUCUGCACACUUCUGAAGCACACUAUGUGCGACGUGAAGUAUAUCCUUCACUCUAUCUCUUAUUUAAGCUUAGCCACGGAGCAAGCACAUCCUGGAUUUCCUUUCAAAUAUGUAAUGUUGGGGAAAAGGUAUCAGACAUGAUUGCUCGUGGCACUCAUACAUAAUCUCUCUAAAGUCUUAAUGGUGAAAACAUUUAAUCUGUAACUAAAUCUGAAACAACAACCCCCAUCAUCUUUCAUGUUAAACUGCCUUUGGUUUUCCCUGUGAGCUUCUUGAAUCCUGCAGCACUGGUUGAAGUUAAUGAUCUUAUGAUGCCAGUCUCUCCUGAACUCUCUUUUGUAAGCUUGCAAUGAGAUGUUCAACCCAGGACCAAGAAAUGUCAUGGAUUGAACUCCAUUUUGUUUUGAGUGCUUUAAUUUGUACCUGUUUUUCUUGCAUGUUUUUGUAUCUGACAUGCCUGGGAAAGUUUAACAGUUCCAUGUAAUGUUCUAUUAAAUAUGGUGCUGUUUUUGUAGUAGUUGUCGUAAUGAUGGACGGGUUCAGUGUAUUUGUUAUUUUUAUGGUUCAUCAGUGGUUGGUUGUGCUGAUCUGGUAUGUUAAAUUCUUUCUUGCUUUUUUGCUUGAGUAAUUUUUUUUUAUUAUUAUUAUUAUUGUGUGUGUGUGUGUGUCUCAGUCUCUGUUAUGUUGUAUGUAUCUAUGAAGAAAAUGUAUGGUUGCAAGCCUCUAACCUGAGUGAAUGCCUUGUGAAUAAAUGGAUUUAACGCUUGCAUUCACCAGUUUCUUAAUAAAGGACAUUUUUAACA